ACCCGUGGAAGUUUGAAGAUGUUUCCAUUGGGAAGCCCCAGCUGGCUCUGGUACCUAUGUGUCUGUGGAGUGUUGCCGGACACUGUUCGCCUAGUGGGCGCGGGAAUGCUUUUCCCCCGGGAGUCUUCUUCACGGGAAGUCAAGGACCUGAGCGGGUUGUGGAGCUUCAGAGCGGACAAGUCGCCAAACAGGAACCAAGGCUUCGAGAAGGCUUGGUACAAAAGUCGCCUGGCUGAGACGGGCCCUGUGAUGGACAUGGCCGUUCCCGCCAGCUUCAACGACAUCACGCAGGACCCCAAACUCCGAGAUUUCAUUGGCUGGGUGUGGUACGAGCGAGAGGCGGUGGUGCCCGCCCGCUGGGUCACAGAUGAAGGAACAAGAACGGUUCUCCGAGUGGGAAGUGCUCACUAUUAUUCAGUGGUGUGGGUCAACGGGGUGAAAGUGACCGAGCACAACGGUGGCCAUCUUCCCUUUGAGGCGGAGAUCGGCGGCGUGCUCCGAGAGGACCCGACGAGCCCCUGCAGGAUCACCAUCGCGGUCAACAACACUCUCACGCUGGAGACGCUCCCUCCUGGAACCAUCCAGUACUUCGAUGACCCCACCAAGUAUCCGGAUGGCUUUUUUGUGCAAAACAUCAACUUUGAUUUCUUCAACUAUGCUGGGAUUCACCGUCCGGUAUUGCUGUACACUACUCCCAAGGCUUACGUAGACGACAUCGCAGUGAUGACGGACUUCUUGGAUGGCGCAGGUCUUGUCAAGUACAAGAUAUCGGUCCAAAAUGCUGCUGAAGCCACCGUGAAGGUCACGUUGAUGGAUAAAGACAGACACUGUGUGGCUUCGUCCAGCGAGCCAUCUGGAGUGCUGAAAUUCAGCGAUGUCAAACUCUGGUGGCCGUACUUGAUGCACGAAAAUCCGGCUUAUCUUUACUCUUUGGAGGUUCUCUUGAUGGCAGCAGGUGAAAGAUCAGCAUAUACAGAUGUGUACACUCUACCGGUCGGCAUCCGCACUGUUCGUGUCACCCGCACCCAGUUCCUCAUCAACAACGAGCCCUUCUAUUUCCACGGAGUCAACAAGCACGAGGACUCUGACAUUCGAGGUAAAGGCUUCGACUGGCCCCUGAUCGUCAAAGACUUCAACUUGAUGAAAUGGUUGGGUGUCAACUCGUUCCGCACCAGCCACUACCCCUACGCGGAAGAGAUUCUGCAGAUGUGCGAUCGCCAUGGCAUUGUGGUCAUCGAUGAAUGCCCGGGGGUCGGCAUCAAAGACAUUCGUAGUUUCGGCAACGCCUCCCUGGCGCAUCAUCUUGAUGUCAUGGAUGAGCUCGUGCGUCGGGACAAGAAUCAUCCCUCCGUGGUCAUGUGGUCAGUAGCCAAUGAGCCCGCGUCGGAGAUGCCGCCUGCUGAAUUUUAUUUCGAGACUUUGAUAGCACAUACUAAAGAUCUGGACCCGACCCGGCCCGUGACUUAUAUCACAGAUAGUAACUACGCCAGAGACAGAGGGGCCCCCUAUGUGGACGUAAUCUGUGUGAACAGUUACUUCUCCUGGUACCACGAUCCAGGCCACGUGGAGGUCAUCCCGAUCCAGCUCGACACCCAGUUCGAGAACUGGUACGGAAAGUACCAGAAGCCCAUCAUCCAGAGUGAAUACGGAGCGGACGCUGUGCCGGGCCUUCACAGCGAUCCGCCCGUGAUGUUUACCGAGGAGUACCAGAAUGUGGUCUUGCAGAGCUACCACCAUGUGUUUGACCAGAAGAGGAAGAAAUACGUCAUCGGCGAACUCAUCUGGAACUUUGCCGACUUCAUGACUGUUCAAGGGAUCACACGUGUGGUGGGCAACAAGAAAGGCGUCUUCACCAGGCAAAGACAACCCAAAGCAGCAGCGUUCAUCCUGAAGGAGAGAUACUGGAGGCUCGCGAAUGAAACUGGGAAGAUACCUCCCUGGACCAAACAUCCUUGCGGGCUCUGACACCCACCGCGUAAGCGUCAUUCACUGCUAACAUUACAUCUCGUUUCAGUUACUGUAUACCAGAUCUAUUGAUCUAUCACCAGCAAAAUCGUGAGGCAAUGAAGUGUCUUAUCAGUAAUGCAAAUAGCUGCUUGAUGUUUUGAUUCACCUGAAGGAAUACUGAGGAAAUGGUUGGGCUUCAACAGGUGGAAAAAAACACUCGCUCACACUCUUCUUGUAGACAGCGAGUGUGAUUAUUCCUAUGUCAGCUCCUCAAUUUUCUUCAGUACUUAAAGAUUUCUUCAUCAUUGUGGGGUUAUUAUUUGUUAUACUUAUGUAUUUUUAAUGAGUGAUUGUAUAAAACAUAAGACAAAUUUCAGGAAGAUUAAGAUAUGGAUAAAAACGACUCAUUUUGCCUACCAGGGCAAAACUUUUCAAGAACUGAUCAUUGUUGAUGCUAAUAUGUAUUUAAAAAAACAAAACAAAAACAAAAAACAUUGACGAUCAUAUUAAAUUGGAUCCAUACAUUUCAUUCAGAUAUAGUGUCUUCUUUAAAAACAUUUUUGUUUCAAUUUGUGGAGCAAUUAAGUAUGUCU